AUGACGACACAAUCAGCAUCUCUCUCUAUGUCAAUGUCAAUGGAUUCGAAAGAGGUACUCUUGCCGUAUGAUGAGCAAGAAACCAAAGGAGAGCAGACGCCCACCAGGAGCAGGAGCAUUGAAGGGAGCCGGAUCUACGGAUCUCCGUCCAAAGAAGUGUUCAGCCCCAAGCUCCGGCCUGAUGCGACGCCGUCGAGAUCGAUAGAGAGUGACAUCUUAUCGACUGAUGAGGAUAUUUCCUUCUAUCCUCCUGUCGAAGAAGAAGAAGUUAGGGACCCUCUCCACAGAAGAUUCAACUUGCCUUCCUCUGAGCUUCUCAUCGAGGACUACGCUUGCGCUCUGCAGGAAAUGAUCCUCCUUCAGGGUCGAAUGUAUCUCUUUCCAAGACACGUCUGCUUUGCUUGUGAUCUACUGGGUAGCGUGCGGAGCAUUGUCAUCCCGUACAGUGAAAUCACUGAUAUCAGAAAAGCAAAGACUGCCUACAUCAUUCCCAAUGCCAUCGAGAUUACAGUCACAGACAACAAAUAUCUCUUCACUUCUUUCUUGUUCCGGAGAGAGGCGUACAAGGGUCUGAGCAAUUUCUGGGCGAUCUCCAAGGGAAUCUCUCGGGCCUUGGAGUCGACUACGGACCAACAGCUUGGAGAAGAGGAGGAGGAGGACGACCCCGAAGGACCUGAGUCAGAGUGGCCAGACAGCUCCAGUGUAUGCGAGAGAGCCGAGCAGGCUGAGGCUCUACCGCAAACUCUUGUACCAGAAGUGCCCAACAUGAGCCCAGGAGAGAAAGUGAUAGUUGAGACAACGCUGAUAGCCUGUGAUGUCGUGGAAUUCUAUCGUUUAUUUUUCUCCCAGUCAACAGGAUUCGGACGGCAGAUGCACAAGAAUAGAGGAGACACAGAUGUCAAGGUGUCAGAUUGGAACAAGCUGAACAGUGCAAACAGCAGCUACGCGAGAGAAGUGCAGUACACAUCUCCGAUCAAUACUUCUCUGCCCUCGUUCGUGACCAAGAAGACGACAAGAGUUCGAGAGAUGCAGACGUGUAGGCUGGUCAAGGAACCAGCAAGUUUUGUUCUCGAGACCUCGGCGUCGAUGUUGGAGAUUCCUUACGGAGAUUGUUUCGACGUCUGCAUGCGAUGGGACGUGCGGAACAGCGGUGAGUUGACAGAUGUGAUGGAUGGAAGGGAUGAACAUCUGAGUACAGGAAAGGCGAAAGAGGUCGAGAUGACGUUCAAGAAAUCUUGUUUCUUCAAGAGCAAGAUCACGUCGGAUACGAUCAAAGAGCUCAAGAAGACCUACGAGAAGGCAAGAAGUCUCUUCCUUCCUCCCCCCUCUCAUCGUCGGUGCAGUGGAUCGUCAGUGCUUGUAGAUGCAAACAUCAAGGCUGGGACUCGGCCUGAGAUUGCUUCGCUGUCAAGACCAAAGUUGCACAUUGAGGCAAGGACUUUGAAAACUUCCCAGGAGGUCCAGAGCCCGGCAAUGAGAAGUGCGGAUAACUCCUUUCCUCCACCUGCCACGUCGGACUGGAAGCAAACCCUCAUCCCACACAACAUCCUCGUGUCAGUCCUUGGAGCAUCCCUGCUGUGGGUCGGAUGGUUCGGUUUCAACGCUGGCUCGUAUCUCUCUGCGCACAAGAUGACGGCCAUGGCAAUGGCGGUGACUCAGAUCUCGACCCGCCGUCUCCGCCCUCGCCUGGAUGUGCACAGAGUGGAUCAUGCGCAAACGCCCCAGCUGCCCCAGUGCGCGAAGUCUCGUGGUGCAGCGCAUGCAGACGCGAUGGUUGAGCUCACACAGAAAGAAAUCGACUCAGUGGAGAUAAGGUUGAACUCGCUCAAGAGACAACUGUCAAAACAACAAGAGCAGGCGGAGGAGCUGAAAAAGCUGCUGAUGAGAGGAGAUGGGAAGCUCGAGUUGACGCCCUCCUCCCUGAACUUCAGCAUGAGGCACCCGCAGGGUGUCACGAGCGGGGGAGGAGGAGUUACAUCUUCACGACAGCACAAGAACUCUCCGCUCGACCGACUGAAAGGAGCAGGUGACCGUAUCGCCAAGUCAGGUCAGAUCAUCGCCAAGUCAGGACAGAAACUAACAGAGAAGAUGGUGUCCGCCGCCGCCGCCUCUGCCCCGUCCUUUCCGCAUCUCUCCUCCUCCUCCUCCUCCUCCUCCGUCCAACAGUCCCUCUCAGAGGAAGACCUUCUCUCCGACCGGCAGCAGGGCUCGGAGAACGACUGGGUACACAUCAACAUCGCUCCAGUCCCCUCCCCUCCUGUCGACAUCUCCGGCGCCCAUGGCGCAUCGCGCGACUGGAGUGUUAUCUUCGACGUUUACAGGGAGGAAUACACUCAGCAAAUCCGCGCGCUCCAGCAGGCGGCAAGGGCAGACGGAUCUGCUGCCAUGAAGAAUGCUCUGCGAGGGUUCCAGAGGAACCAGACCAUGUGCGAGGAGAUGGCGGCGGCACGAGACCGGCAGGACGGUCCGCAUGCAGAGAUCUUUCGGGCGCAUGCGGAGGUGAUGGAGAAAGUGAUCGCUGCUCGUGAAGCCUAUCACAUUUUCGAAACUGCUCAUCGGAGCAUCUCGAGCGUGGAAAAUCCAUCUCUUGAUUUCAGAAAACGGGUAGUUGAGUUAGGAAACAUCGCGAUGUCAAGUUUUCAGAGUCUGCAGACAGAAGCUCUUCGACUUCGGCAGGUCGUCGAGAGAAGGACGGCAAAUCAAGACAACAACUCCAUUCUCUACUCAGGCCUGUUGAAACUCGUGCUCAACUUCCUGCAAGAGAGAGUUGGAACUCUCGGACAACUGAAACAGGAAGCAGCGAAGAUGUUGAUGAGACCAGAACCAGGUCAUAAGGAGAACGAAAGCACCAAUCAGCUGCUUGCCGACGGAACCUUCAAGGAUACCAGUGGAGACUUCACCCUUCAGCUCUCUUCAGAGUCCAAGGCGACUCAGGUGAAGUGA